AAUCCUUCACCAGAUGGCGUUACUUAUCCGGGUGUGGUAAAUAACCAUAGAGUGACGCGUAACGUGAGUCACAGUAGAGCACGAGUGUCUGUGCUGUUCUGUUUUUCAGAUUUUUCUUAGUUUUGAAGCUGCUAAUAAUCAGGCAUAUAAACAUGUCUUCGCGUAAAACAGCCGGACGUCGUGCUACCACUAAAAAACGGGCACAACGUGCAACAUCAAAUGUUUUUGCUAUGUUUGAUCAAGCUCAAAUUGCUGAAUUUAAAGAAGCUUUCAAUAUGAUUGAUCAGAAUCAUGAUGGUUUUAUCGAUAAAGAAGAUCUACAUGAUAUGCUUGCCUCAUUAGGUAAAAAUCCGACUGAUGAAUAUUUAGAAGCGAUGAUGAAUGAGGCUCCAGGACCUAUCAAUUUUACAAUGUUCUUAACUUUAUUUGGCGAAAGGCUUCAAGGCACAGAUCCAGAGGACGUAAUUAAAAAUGCAUUUGGUUGUUUUGACGAAGAAAAUACUGGACACAUAAAUGAAGAACGCCUCAGGGAAUUACUUACAACAAUGGGAGAUAGAUUUACGGAUGACGAUGUCGAUGAAAUGUAUCGAGAAGCGCCUAUCAAAGGAUCGAUGUUCGAUUAUAUAGAAUUUACUCGAAUUUUAAAGCAUGGUGCUAAAGACAAGGACGAACAGUGAAAAAUCUAAAAUCAGCGUGCAUAUAAUACGUUUUAAUAUGGUUGCAAUUGUAAAGUUUGAAAUAUUGUAUUUUGUACAUCCUAUAUUAAUGAGAAUAAUUGCAAAUCUAGGAUUCAUAUUA